UGGUUGCCAGGGUGUUGCUAUGCAGUUGCUGAUGUAUUCAGAAUGUUUUAGUGUCAUUCUGAUUAAUAAGGGUAUUCUGGGUGAUUGUCAUUGGUUGCUAUGCGGUUACUAAUUCAUUCUAAUUCCUGUUUUAAGUGUUCUCUUUGGUUGAUGUGGUGUUCUGAGUGGUUGCCAAGGUGUUGCUAUGCAGUUGCUGAUGUAUUCAGAAUGUUUUAAUGUCAUUAUGAUGUUUAGGGUAUUCUGGGUGAAUGGCAUUGGUUGCUAUGUGGUUACUAAUUCAUUCUAAUUCCUGUUUUAAGUGUUCUCUUUGGUAGAUGUGGUGUUCUGAGUGGUUGCCAGGGUGUUGCUAUGCAGUUGCCGAUGUAUUCAGAAUGUUUUAGUGUCAUUCUGAUUAAUAGGGUAUUCUGGGUGAUUGUCAUUGGUUGCUAUGUGGUUACUAAUUCAUUCUAAUUCCUGUUUUAAGUGUUCUCUUUGGUUGAUGUGGUGUUCCGAGUGGUUGCCAGGGUGUUGCUAUGCAGUUGCUGAUGUAUUCAGAAAGUUUUAGUGUCAUUCUGAUUAAUAGGGUAUUCUGGGGGAUUGUCAUUGGUUGCUAGGCGGUUACUAAUUCAUUCUAAUUCCUGUUUUAAGUGUUCUCUUUGGUUGAUGUGGCAUUCUGAGUGGUUGCCAGGGUGUUGCUAUGCAGUUGCUGAUGUAUUCAGAAUGUUUUAGUGUCAUUCUGAUUAUUAGGGUAUUCUGGGUGAUUGUCAUUGGUUGCUAUGUGGUUACUAAUUCAUUCUAAUUCCUGUUUUAAGUGUUCUCUUUGGUUGAUGUGGUGUUCUUGGCGGUUGCUAGGAUAUUCUGUAUGAUUGCUGAGGUGUUGCUAUGUGGUUAUUGAUGUCUUCAGAAUGUUUUUUUGUAUUUUUCUGUGUGGUUACUGCAAUGCUAUGCAGUUGCUAAGGUCUUAUGAGUGACUUUUAAUGCACUGCUAUGUGGUUGCAAGAGCGUUCUAUGUGCAUGGCCAUUACAGGGUAGAUGCUAGGUAAAUGUUAAAGAAAAUUUGUUACGGUAUUAUUCAUAGUGUUUUAAAUUGUUGCUAUGCAGUUGCUAUGGUGUUCUCUGUGGUUUCCAGAGUGUUGCUCCUUAGUUAUUAAAGUAUUAAAACAGUUUCUAGUAUUACUUGUGGUUGUUAGAGUGUUUUGGGUGGUUACCACUUUGUUGCUAUGCAGUUGCUAAGGUCUUCCAAGCGUACUUUUAUGUGGCUAUGUGAUUGUUGUGUGGCUGGGUGGGUUCCACAGGGUUCUGCUAAUACAAUUAUUGCUGCUAAAUACAAAGAUAUUAUUCAUAUUGCUUAAUAAAAUUAAAGUUUAUUUAUAGCACUUUUCACAAUAAAAAUCAUUGCAAAGUAGCUUUACAGGAGUAGAUUUUUAUUUAGGAGUAGAGCUAUGCAGCUACCUCCAAAGCAGCUGCUAAUUUCUUAAGAGUUUGUUCUAGGCGGUUGCUACGACAUUGCUGGGUGGUCUUAAAGGGUUCCGCUAAGAACCUUAAGGUAUUAUUUGUUAUGUUUUGGAAGUGUUGCUAUGCAGUUGGUAUGGUGUUUUGGGUGAUUGCCACUGCGUUGCUAUGCAGUUGCUAAGGUGGAUUUUAAUGCACUUGUGUGCCUAUGAGAUUGUGUAUGUGGUUGCUAGGGUGAUUUUAUAGGGUAAGAAGUUGUAACCGUAUUAUUCAGAGUAUUUAUUGAGCAUUGCUAUGCAGGGGUUUCUAAGGUGUGGGUGGUUGCCAGAGCAUUACUAUGCAAUUACUAUUUUCAGAUGUGGUUAUGUGGUUGCAAGGAUUUUUCAAAGUUUCGCUAAGAAUUUUUUUGCUAUGGUGUUUUGGGUGGUUGCCGGGGUGUUGCUAUGUGGUGGACGACAUGUUCUGAAUGUUUGAAAAAUGUCUGUAAAAACAAAAAUGAGCGCACUCAUUAAAUAAAUAAAUAAAAAUAAUAGAAAUGUGCCUGCUUUUGACCAAUAUCCCAUGAUCCUCUCUGGAGAUUCAUUCUGAGCCCCGUUUAUUCAGCUCCUGAGAGGCUGGUGUGAUCAGGGUGGUCUUUUGAGACGGAGCCAGAAUGUUUCCUUUCUCUGGUGCCCUUCAGCUGAGAGAAAAAAAAACGCUUCACAGGCUGAAAGAGCGCUGGGUGACGGCGUUAUGCAAUCCGCCGGUGCCCCGCUGAAGCCUCACGCUCUCAGUGUUUUGUGAAUGGGAGCGAGAGGGAGGUGCAGGGGGGAGGAGUUGGACUUAGACCAUCCAGGGCUGACUGACGGGUUCCACGAAACCAGAAAACCUCCACAUUAAAGAGCAAAACCUGAGAAUAUACAGCACACUUGACACUGCCGGCCGCCCCACAACGUCCUGAUGAAAGGAGAGAAAGAAAUCACGACCAAGAUGGAGCCGUCUAAUGGGCUGAACCGACCUCUGGAGAUUGUUCCGCACACAGAGGUGAAGUUGAAGGACAGAGGACAGUGGAGCAACAAGCUGGAGUUUGUCCUGUCGGUGGCCGGAGAGAUCAUCGGACUGGGAAACGUCUGGCGCUUCCCGUAUCUCUGCUACAAGAACGGUGGAGGUGCAUUUUUCAUCCCCUACCUGAUCUUCCUCUUCACCUGCGGUAUUCCCGUGUUUUUCCUGGAGAUUUCUCUGGGUCAGUUCACCAGCGAGGGAGGAAUCACAUGCUGGAGGAAGAUCAGCCCGCUCUUUGAAGGUAUCGGUUACGCGACUCAGGUCAUCGUGGCUCUGCUCAACUUCUACUAUAUAAUAGUUCUGGCUUGGGGAAUAUUUUACCUGUCCUUCUCCUUCUCCUGGAACCUGCCGUGGUCCUCCUGCAACAACACCUGGAACACAGAUGCCUGCAUGGAAUUCCAAAGAAGAAACGACUCUAUUGACCAAACUCACCUUGAAAACGCAACAUCGCCCGUAAUUGAGUUUUGGGAGCGGCGGGUUUUGCGGAUCUCGUCUGGGAUUGAGGAGAUAGGAACGCUGCACUGGGAUCUGGUGCUCUGUCUGUUGUUAGCCUGGGUUCUCUGCUAUUUCUGCAUCUGGAAAGGCGUCAAAUCCACCGGCAAGGUGGUGUACUUCACUGCGACUUUCCCGUAUGUGAUGCUGUUGAUUUUACUGAUCAGAGGGGUCACGCUGCCGGGAGCGUCCCGCGGCAUCCAGUUCUAUCUUUAUCCCGAUUUAGGACGGUUAGCGGACCCGCAGGUGUGGAUGGACGCAGGCACGCAGAUCUUUUUCUCGUACGCCAUAUGUUUAGGUUGCCUCACCGCACUCGGGAGCUACAAUAAAUACAACAACAACUGCUACAGGGACUCUCUGGCCCUGUGCUUCCUGAACAGCGGGACCAGUUUCGUCGCCGGCUUCGCCAUCUUCUCGAUUCUCGGAUUCAUGUCUUAUGAGCAGAACGUCCCGAUCUCAGAAGUGGCCGAGUCCGGUCCUGGUUUGGCGUUCAUUGCAUAUCCGCGGGCAGUGUCCAUGAUGCCCAUCUCUCCUCUGUGGGCUUGUUUCUUUUUCAUCAUGAUCGUCUUGCUGGGGCUGGACAGUCAGUUCGUGUGCGUGGAGAGUCUGGUCACGGCGAUGGUGGACAUGUACCCGACCUUCUUCCGUCAGAAGAACCGCAGGGAGCUGCUCAUCCUGGCCGUGGCCGUCGUGUCCUUCCUCGUGGGGCUCAUCAUGCUCACGGAGGGAGGAAUGUACGUCUUCCAGCUGUUCGAUUAUUACGCGGCCAGUGGGAUGUGUUUGCUCUUCGUAGCCAUUUUCGAGACCGUCUGCAUCGCUUGGAUAUACGGUGCCAAUCGCUUUUAUGACAACAUUGAGGACAUGAUUGGGUACCGUCCCGGGCCGUAUAUUAAAUACUGCUGGCUCUUCUUCACCCCAGCCACAUGUUUUGGCACGUUUGCGUUCUCCCUGAUCAAAUACACUCCUCUGAAGUAUAAUAACGAGUACGUGUACCCGUGGUGGGGUUACGCUCUCGGCUGGCUGCUGGCGCUCUCCUCUAUGGUUUGCAUCCCGCUGUGGGUUGUUUCUAAGCUGAGCACAGCCAAAGGUUCACUGAAAGAGCGUUUCCACGAGCUCAUCACUCCCUCGCCGGAGCUCCCCAAAACCAGACGGGAGCAGGAGAAACUCCAGGCCAUCUUCGCCGCCGACGGCGACACUCUCCGCCAGCGGAGCGGCCCGACCAAAGAUGGGUACUUCCCCGUCAGCGAGAAGGAGUCGCACUGUUAGCCCGGCCGUCUCCCCCCUGAGGGCGGUGCUUCUUAACCUCCCCACGAUACCUCACACAGUACUGGCAGCCAAAUAAGCAUUACCCGUCCUCGCUCCGAGAGAGGCUUCGAGGAGCUUCACGCUUGAAGAAGACCAGUUUGUGUCAAUAUUACAGAAUGUCACGAUGUAGUCGUGGCAUUGCAGAAAGCUUAGGGUUAGCUAGCGCUGCUUCUAAUUUAUGUCUUAACUAAGCCACUAAAGUGUAUAUCUACGUUCGGUCAAAUUUGAUCAGAUACGCAUCGCGGGCAAAAACAUUUAUCAUGCACUGGACAGUUUCGAGAGUCGGGGCUAUAAGGCUAUAAUAAAAUAUUUGGGAUUAAUGGGGAAAAUAACACGUAAAAUACACUUUAGUUUCUAUUAGACUUUAUCUGUUCGCAUCUAAUGAUUGAAACUACAAGACAUACUUUGAGGCCAUUUUCUCAAAAUGAGGAACAGUAAUUGAACUUUUUUUAUGGAGGGGUUCGUUCGUAUGUCAUCCGGUUGAUUUUAUACAAAACUGCCUUCCUAAAAACAUGGUGAAAUUCUAUAUUUUUCUGUCGUUUGACGGUAUUUUCUGCUUUAUAUAUACCAAUAUUUGAAAUAUUAUUUAAUAACACACACACACACAUAUAUAUAUAUAUAUUAGUGCUGUCAGAUGAUUAAUUGCAAUUAAGCGCA